AUGGUCCAGCAUCAAAUGUUUGAUUCUGCUGUGGCCGAUUUACUUGACACAGAUAUUUUAACGUCACCUUCGAAAAGGAAGCGAAAACUGAAGAUAGCGGAUAUCGACACAAGUGAUAGAAAUGACUUGGAAGAUUCAAUUAUCAUGGAGAACGUUUAUAGAAUGUUUGGCAUAACUUUUUUCCCACUUGUUGAUCCUGCCGAUUUGAAAAUUAAAGAUGUUAGUGACGAAAUUUUCGUUGAUAGAGAAAUGCUGGGGAUACGAUUAGAAGUUUUCAGCGAACGGAAGUCUAAGUUUGAAAAACCCCACUACAUACUUUUGAAAAAAAGGAUAAAAUCAAAUAGUUGGUUUUUAUUUAAGCAUACUAUUCCAAGUUUCAUUGAUGUUCAGGGCAUAUUUAACGAGACCAAUGGGGGAUUGGUGAUAUCCCAUGAUAAUGUGUAUUUAUUUGCCAAGAGAGUCUUCUUGCAACUAGUAGAAAUACAAAAAAGACAACAGAAAUUUAAGGAUUUAGAAGCCAAAAAAAUUAUUCAUGAUUUGGAUUUAGAUUUGCAGUCUUCAAUGGUUUCCUUUUUUGUUAAAGAUGUUAAAGUUGAAUUGUUUGUUAAGCAGAAUGAAAUAGUUUCGUGUUCAAUAUUGGACGAAAUUCAUGAUUUUAGCCGAAAGAAUAAGAGCAAGUGGGAAAUUGUACUGCUUGGUUCAUUAGAUGACUUGGAGUUGAAGCUAAACCAUUCAUUUUCAACAAUUUUUAGAUGA